AUGUCCUCAUUUCCAGAAGACCCGCCGUCAUCAUCACAGUUCCUACCACCGCAGUCGGCCCAAGCACGUGGUUCGUUAUUUGGCGGACCCAGCAGUGAUGCCGAUCCGCCGUCUUCAAGGACGCUCCGGCCCAGAAGAUCCAUCUUCGGCGGCUUUAGCUCCCAAGAUGUUGCAUCGGAGCCAGAACAUCAGCCUGAGCCUAUGGACGAAAGCAUUCCCGAUCAUGAAGAAAACGAUCUUGAUCUAAUCCUCCGUGAAAGGCCCCUGGAUGCUUAUUAUGGCUCUGAAGGGGAAAGCUCUUAUGCAGAAAGCAGUGACGAUGAAGCCAAAAAGUCAAACAAAAAACCCACCUCUGCCAAGGCUCCCCGGGCCAGCAAAAAAAAGCUAUCUGAAGAAUACGUGCAGGAACCUGAAAAGGUAGCGCAAAAGCCAACCUAUGUUCUCGAUCGUGGGCUUGACUUGCCGCCGGGGCAGAAGCGCCCAAAUCGGUGGACAGGGUUGCAAAUCAACUAUCAGAGAGCUAUUGCGGAGGAGAGUGCGGUAUACAAUUCCAUAAUUGAUAGUCGUGCGGAAGACCUCGCUGCUCAUCUUUACAAUGCCUACGUGGUUCGCCGACAACCCAAGCAGCAGGACGGCUCUGGUGAUCCCCAAGACUCAGAGGAUGAUGAGAAAUCUUUUCGCAAACGAUGGGUAGCGUGGCCUAUGCCCGCUUCUCUGGUUCCUCGUGCAGGCGAAUCUAUUCGCCGCAAACUAGACGGCCCCGACACAUUUCGAAUGCCACCUGAUGUUCGCCCUAGUGGAGAGCUGGAAGAGUGUAUCAUCGCAACGAUGAUGAAGACCGCUAAGGAACGGUUUAUGGCUAGGCAGUGGGAGGACACGGAAGACCGAAAUUCUCCAGAGAAAAAGACUCCGGAUCCCGAUGCGAUGGUGGAUGAUGAUGAAACAAAUGAUAAUGACGAGAAAUAUGGGCAAAAGCUUGGUCAGCGCAUAGGGCAAAAACCAACCAUUCAGCUCGACGACGACAUCUCUCGCCAGCAAUUACGCCCUCUCUCUCGCACCGCCAUUUCACAAUUAGAUCAGCUAUUAGUAGGACUUCAUCGUUCCCUAAGACAUCGAGCCAAAGAUGUUUAUGACAGCGAUGACUCCGCCACCGAUACAGAUGAUGAUGGAUCACGGUCCCGACAUAAAGGUGGGAAACAGAGCCAUUCGCGGGGUCGCAAACGGGCUCGUGGGCAUUAUCAAUCUGGACAAUCGUCGCGCGACGCAUCGAAUUUACGGUCAUUUCCGCAACCUGACAAUGAGCCGGAUCGUUCAAGGCAACGCAAAAAAGAAUUGCUACGCAGAUUUCCCUUGCGAGACUGGGGCGAGGUCAUGGGUCUUGCCUCAAUGACAGGCCUGCCAGCAAACGCAGUCAAACGAGCCGCGACAAGAUGCGCAGAUCUAUUCGAACAGGAUAUGACAUUUCGAACAUUCCACGAAGGUCACAUAGAGAAAGUGGCUCGUCUCCCGAACGGUAUGUGGGAUUAUGACUAUGUCGAGAGCGACUCCGAAACAGAAUCUGGCCGGGGUCCCAAACGGAGAGCCCAGAGUAGGAAUACUUCCAGGGGUCUUACACGAUCUCCAUCACCACAAUUUCAUCAUCCUAUUCCCGCGCCCCCGACCGCACCUCCCCCAGUUUCAGUCUCAAUCGCCCCUUCGAACCAAAGAGUGGCACCUAAAACCACCCACGCCAGACAGCCUGGCUUUGAGAAAAGAACAGCCUCGACGAGUUCUCGGCCGAGAGACAUUUUUUGUCCUGUUCCUUCCUGUAAUCGCAGUUCCAAGGGCUUUUCGCGGACAUGGAAUCUCAACCAACACAUUAAGAUCAAGCAUCCGACAUUAGCAGCAUCCAGAGCGUUGAAAGCGUUGGGAGUUUCUGAGUCACCUGCGCGAUCCCAGAGUCAACCCCCGACGUAG